AUGGAGAUAGAAGAUGCCAGAAAGUGUUCCAUUUGUCUGGAUAAUUUCCGAUGUCCUAAGAUGUUGCCAUGUAAACACUCAUUUUGCAAGCGAUGCAUUUCUGGUUACCACAAGCAAAACAACUCGGAUAACGAAUUCCGUUGUCCACUUUGCAGAACCUUGCUAAAUUUACCGGAAAACGGAGUGGCUGGAUUUUGGGAUAACUAUUUUAUCCGAGACAUUUUCCCGGACCGCGUAUGUGAUCUCUGUAAUGCUGAGGAAGAUGACGUGGACGGCUGCUAUUAUUGUGGCAAGUACAUUUGCUCCUUUUGUGCACGUGAUCACGUUUGCAAACGAUCACACCGAAGGCAUGAGAAAGUAUCACUGUGGGAUUCCGAUUCCAGCUCUGACACUAACUCAGUAUCUAGUGAAAGUGAAGAUGAUACAGUUCCCUUUGAAUUUCGCAAACAUGGACCAACAACCAUUGUAAAGACUGUUUUCUCAAAUAUUGGUUUACAAAUAUCUGAAGAAGAUUGUGUAUCGUGCAUAUUUCCUGUGUCAGACAACUUAGCGGCAUUUCUUACAUUCGGUGGUUUUACUUGUCAUUAUUUCGACACCCACGAUGGUUCGGUGACACGUGAGGUGUCAGUUGCUGAUGGAGCCACCGAUUUGUGUGGAACAGGAGAAGGCACGGUCUUUACAUUGAUACGAAAUUGUUCACUGAUAAUUAAAACAAUCGGGAAUGAUCAAACUUAUACGUCAGUCAUUGCUAUUAAGGAUUGUGAUCCUCUGAAAAUACGUCCGAUUAAAAAUAAUCGCAUUCUAAUUUUAGGAAUUGGGAAAAAAUCUUCCCUUGUUGCUCAAAUCUUAGACGUUUCCGGUGAAGAACUGGACCGAUUUAACUUAAAUGUUGAAUUCUACCCUCAUUCGGUCGCAAUCAAUGGUAGCUGUACUGUUAUGUGCAUAUCGUACGCAGAAAUAGACUUUGUAGAUAUCAGAGACAUACACGGUCAUCUAAUCAAAAGAUACGCUGGGUGCCCCCUAGAGCAAACUGAAGAGAAAUUUAAACCAAUGUCUGUGACAUCUUUCACAGAUGAUGGUUUUCUGGUAUUGAAUGGGACAACUAAAACAAUACACAUCCUUUCACCUGCUGGAGAAUGCAUGGGAGUUCUCAUUUGUGAGGACUGCGAAAGUCCAUGCAGUGUUCACGUCGACAACGCCAAUAAAAUCUGGGUAGGGGACAGCCAGGAUGGUACCCUAAAAGCGUUUACCGUGGACACGUACUUUAAUAUAUUUCCGGGCCCCGAAAACAAUAUAGAAAACUUGAAAUUUAAAAAGGGAGACGAUCAUUCUUAUUUUCAUCGAAAAACUCCUUUGCUCUCUUCGAGACGACGUCGUCUUGAACCUCUCUUGAGCUUCUCUAGAGGAUUUCGAGAUUCGUCUGACGAAGAUUUUCCUUAAUAUUCAUGUAUAGAUAGAUAUGAUGUGUGAUAUAAUACUUCAAUACUUGUGAGCAGAAGUAGGUUGAAAUGCAUUUGCUUUGUCAUCAUCAUUGUUUACAUGAAUUCAGGCUAUUCCUCAGCAGCUGCACAUAAUGCAUGCACUACAAACAGCUUAUCCACUGUUGGAUAUCAAUCACUCCAAACAAAAUCUUUGUACAUUUUUAUUUUUAUGAAAUAAAAUACCACAAUCAUCA